UGUUGUGUAUACUCAAGUUAUUUCCCUCUGUUAUAAGGAUGUCACUUACAAGAAUCUUCCAAAACGUUGAUUCAUGUCUUUCGGUAUGUUAAAAUUGACUUAGCGCGUUUAAUAAAUUACGAAGAAAUGGAAUACCACGAAAAGUUUAUGUUCGGCAACAAAUGUACGGGUUUUUCGAGAUAGGGGAAACAAACAACAUUUUUACGCCUAACCGCCUUGCUUCAAUAACUCAGAUAUCGAAUAAUCAAUCAAUUGCACAAUCAAUAACAGCUAUCGCGAUGUAAAGCGGUAUGGAAACCCCCAUCGUGUUAAAUGUCCUCUUUCGGUUUUGAUUAGAUAUCUUACAGUUCGUAAUUGUAACUAGUGUUACAUUAAAGUACUAUCCGGAUAAACAAAUUUAAAUUGAAAUUCGAAAUAUGUUCCAACCAAUUUUUAUAUUCAUUUUAUUAUGAAGCUACAUCCACAGAGGAUUAUAACGUUUGUUUUUUGUUUUAUAUUCAAAAUCUGCUUUCGAAUUUUAUAGAAUCAGAUUAAGAACAAAACAUUCGAAAUGGGGAAUACACAGCCACCUUUCGGAAUUAAGAAGAUUCAAUCGUCGCAAGCAAGCACGUUUUAUGAUUACAUUCCAGAAAACCGCGUUGAACAUGAGGUCAUUCGAUUUAUUGAGACAGAACAUUCCUACUGGAAAGACAUUUUGCAAUUUUUGAAAACGACGAAAACCGAUGUUGAUAUUGCCUUUAUACACGAGUCGUUGGAAAAUACAGCAACGAAGAUAUUCAAAUACCUUGAACAGGCAGCGUCUAAAUCUAAAGUUAAAAGGCCACAUGAUGAAGUGGAAUCAGUUAUGAAGUUUCGAUCAGAACAAGAUAUUCAAGAAUUGCACCAUAAAGUGGCAGAUUUAGAGAUAAAAAUCAAAUCUUUGCAAAGUGACCGAGACGAUCUGCUGCACAGAUUGUCUUCUUUGCAAAGUGAGCGAGACGAUCUGCUGCUCAGACUCAGCAAAGUUGUUGGAGACAAGCUGGUCCAAGACAAUCCGAACAUCAGUGAUCUGAGUGACAAGAAUAGACCCACCAAACUGGGCGAAAUGUAUGCCGAAUUGUACGAUAAUGAAUGGACGGAUGCUAUUGAAGGCCUACAAGAUGCAGGACAUGAUGAAAAAGAGGCUGUUCACACCCUUUGCUUAACCUUACAGAAAACCUUUGAGUUUUGUGAUGAUAAGGCCAUUCAGAUGUUAGAUUCAACAGCCAAUGCGGCAAAUGUUUUGUUCUUGGAAGCCGAACAGGCACAGGGCGAGAUGAAACAACGAUUCACCAUCGCAGUUGCUCCUAAAAACAUUAGUUCCGAACAAAGCGGACAGCUCCAACAUUGGGUCGAGAAGUUACAACUACAGAACAGAUGGACACCUAAUGCAACAUCUAAUACAGGCCAAACUAAACCAUCAGUUCCCGAGGAAAAACUGCCGCUCAAUUUCGAAGCUGAAUACAAACAUCUGCGUAAAGAACUUUCAGUAGCAAUAGUUCCUGCUUUGCAAAAGGCAUUUCUUAAUAUCUACUGGGACGAUUCGUGCAUUCCGGCCAUGAAACCCUUCGUCAAGAAAUGUCUGUUCCUCUGCUGGAUGAUGGUAGUACAGGGACCGCCCCUGUGUUUCGACUGGAGCACCAAACACGGGUCAAAGUUUGAUUCAAGUUUGUAUAAACAGUAUACAAAAUCGGGAAACACAGUAGAUUAUGUUGUGUGGCCCACAAUGUUCUUACAUGAAGGUGGACCUAUGAUUGUGAAAGGUGUUGCACAACCAAUAACUGGUAUUAGCGAUGAAGAAUCCAAACAUACAUAAACUUGGCUUUUGGUUGUCAACGAACGGAGACAUAACUGACAAAAAAAAUUUCCAUAGUUUCUAGUGCUCAAUAUGCACACAAAACAGUAAGCAAGGUGUAAUAUAUGUUUGAUUUUUGUAAAAGAUGACAAUUUACGCAUGAUCAUUUCCGAUCGAGCUCAGACUUGAGAAUAAAUAACGGAAAUAAAUUGAUCAUAAGGUUUUAUGUUUGUUCAAAAAGAAAGAAUGUUUGAAAUAUUGGUGUGAAAAUCCAUUAGUAGACCUUGCUGCAAAUGUACAUAAACAGUCCAAGGGAUGCUUGCAUGACAAUCGUAACCAUGGUAAACGACAGAGAUGAUGAGCAUCAAUUAUUAUUAUUAAUAUAAGGCUUCUAACGGUUGUUAAAUAAUCAUAUGAAAUAAAACGCUUUGAGUUAGUUAUA